CUGCGGACUUUGUUCAGCCCAAUAAAAAAAUAUCAAGAUUUUAAAAAGACUGAAGUUCAGAAGGAAGAAGAAGAAGAGGAGGAAGAAUAGCAGAAAGGAAAGUUGAACUAUCCGCUGGAAAAAUACUUUUUCUUCACUUCAGCAGAAAAAACCUGCAGGAAAACAAAACGGCUGCCGCUGCUGCAGGAUGUGAAAGAACCACAACAGAAAGAAAGACUUUGCUGAAAACCGAGCGCACAAGAACAAGAACUGAGCAGAAAGUUUAAAGAUCGACAGCUCGACAGCUCGGCUGCAGACAAACAUGGCUCUGUUCUUCUCCGGAGCUGUUACAAGUUCACCCAUAAAACGACGGUUGCGAGGUCAUCACUCCUGUCAGAGCCUCGACCUGUCUCUCCUCUCUCCCGACUCCUCGUACGUCUGUUACUCAUCCGCGGAUGGCGGCGAUCCCUGCAGCUGCCGCCGCUCGCCGCGCCUCCUCACCAACGGAUACUACGCCGUCACCGAGGACAGCUUCUCCUGGGACGACGACGGCAACGUGUCGCUGACGCCCUGCAAAACCAACGUGUCCUACAAGGAGAACCUGGUCAGGGUCUUUCGGCGCAGACGGAGGCCUCGCGGCUCUCUGGCUCGGUUACUGAGCGACGUGACGGAGAGCUGCCAGUCGUGGCUGGACGAGAAAGUCUUCAGAGGCGUCUUCGGGACGGGCCAGAACCAGAACCAGAACCAGAACCAGGAGCAAGAGCAGGAGCAGGACCGAGACUGUGACUGGGACAGAACCUGCCAGGAAAACUGCUCCCCCUUGUUGGACGAGUCUACCUGGUCCGUAUUCAACAGCACUGAGCUGGACGAGAGCCGUAACUUCACGUACGACCACACUGAGGUCCUGCCCCCCCCUGACAAAGUGGCCCCGCCCCCGAAGCUGCUCAUCCAGGAGGAGAUUUGCUCUGAGAUCUGUCAAUCAAAGGAGACGUUCACACAGUCACUGGGCGGCCUGUCAGAAGUCCCGCCUCCCUCGCCCUUCUACACCAACACCUGCUGCUGUCAGAGCUCACCUGAGCACACAGGUUUAACCAUGAAGACCCUCCUGCUUUUCAUCUUCACCAUCUUCAUCUUUACGGCUCUAUACUCAGGGUGUCUGUUGUGGAGCACCGCCGUAGCAUCGACUGCGUUCAUGAUGAUCACAACAUUUAUGUUCCUGACCAAGUCGGGCCCGAUGGGCGAGUGGAGGAAGGCGAAGACGGAGGACAUUACAUCAAGAAACGAGUAAAAAGAGAAGAUUGAAAGAAAAGGUCUGAUGGGAACUUAAUAGAAAUAUUUUACAUUUCACUAACUGUUUGCAUGUAAGUUGCACUUAAAGGACUUUAAGAGUUAUACUGAGCUCUGGAAAACAUUUUACAGCAGCGCCUGACACUUUGACAAACUUAAAAUUACUACUUUUUGAAUGUAAACUUGAUCUAAAUAGUUUUUGUGAGCUGAGAAGCGUCGACCAGACGGGCUGCAGCUCUUAAAAUGUUUGAAAAUAGAUUCAAAUUGACAUAUUAUUAAUAUUUAGCCUUUAAAUCCAAAGCAAAAAUGCUGGGAAAAUUAGCAUCAUGUCACAUCCAGGUUGUCGCUAAGAAGCUGUAGUUGUCCUGAUGGGCUUAGUUUCCAUGGCAACAAAUCCUCAGACAGUUUUCUACUUUGCAUCAACACAAAAGUUGAUUUUAUCCUGAUAAAUGCUCACGAGACAGGAGGACAAAUGAGGAAGGGAUGGAAGUAUUUCAGUUAGAUGGAGAAUGAAACUGUGAAUAAACAAACUUUCUGAUGUUUCCAUUAAAAAGCCUCCAUGAAACAGGAUGUUUGGAUUUUCCCGGCGUGUUAAAAGCCGAAGCAGACGGCGUGUUGUUUGUUAAAAUGCUGAAGGAGCUCAUUAACAUGGUGACUGUAGUUUAGCAGCUUUUAAAAGAUCGAUAAUAAUCAUAUCAAACAUCUAAAUAUACUUGAUGUAUUUUUCAAACGCUGUAAAUGAAUCUUCUAUUGUUACAUGUUGAACUUGGCUUUUUUUGAGCUGUCCAAAGUGACCAAACAUUUCAGACUUCCAGUGUCUGGAGAACAAAUUCAGGUUUGAAAAGCAAAAAAAAACAAACAACCAAACAAACAAACAAGCAAAAAUAAUUGAAAUAAGAGAGAAAGUUACUUUUUCUGAAAACCAAACGCACAAAAACACCUGAACGUCUUGUUGAUCUACCUGAAAUUUGUUACUGUACGAGAUAAAAGUGCCAUUUGUUUUCCUGAGGAAACUGAAUGAAGAGUUUUAUUAAAUUAAGAUGUAAAAGCCACGAUAAAAAAAAAAGAAAAAACUCACAUACAUGAAACGUCUGAUAGCACAAGAUGUGAAGCAUCCUGUUAGCAGGAACCUUAAAGCUGCACCGGGUCUUGUGGUUUCUUGGACUUUUCUCUGGUGGAAAAAUACAAUUUCUGAUUUUAUGACAUUAUAUUUUCCCAAAAUGUGUGUGUGACACAACAGCUACUAGACAUCCAUUUCAUCUUCAUCAUUAUAAUUUAUGAUAAUAAAAUGUACAUGGGUAGAGUAUUAAAUCUAAAAUAGUUUAAUUAAAAACUGUGAUUAAUUAAAACAUGAAUAUCAAUAAAUAAAUAUAUUUAAAAUGUAUUAAAAAAAAGAGACAUGACAUAAUUAUAAUGAAUAGAGUACUGCUAGUAAUAAUAAAUGUUAUCAAAAUAAAUGUAAAACAAAAAUGCAAAAAAUAAUAAUAAAUAAAAGUAGAAAAUGUGGUAAAAUAAGGUGCAAAAGGCAUUUUACUUAAACAUUUCUUAUUGUUAUUAAGUUUUAAGUUGUAAGUUCACACACAGAACCUGGAAACUUUUUUUUAAAAGAUCCAGUAUCUUAAUGUUUCCUGGUGCAGCUUUAACAGUAUCGGAUAACGAAUUAAAUGAACCUUUUUGUUUGUUGGAUAUUAAAUGAUCAUUUUUUUUAGGUACAGAGCAUUUUUUGUAAUAAAACUCUUCAGCUGUAAAGUGCCUUCAUUUACCUGCCAGCAGCUCAGAAAUACAGAAAAACAAUACAGGGAAGUGUUCGAUUUAUCCUAAAAUGCUGCUGAAACAUAAACCGACCUGCUCCACAGUUACAUGCAGAUCAGUGUUAAUGUGUGAUUUAACUAGAGCUGCAACUAGUCAUUAUUGUCAUUAUUGAUUAAUCAAUUAAUUGUGAAAAACAGUGAAAAAUGUCCCUCAAUGUCUUCUGCAGCUUUUAUUUUGUCCGUCCAACAGUACAAAACCCAAAAAGAACAAGUUUUCUAUAAUGUGAGACAAAUAAAAGCAGCAAAUUCUCCACAUUUAGGAACCUGAACCAUCAAAUAUUUGGCAUUUUUGCUUGAAAAAUGUGAUUAUUCUAAGUGUGAUAUUUUGAUCAACUAAUUGAUUAAUCGUUGCAGCUCUAGGUUUAACCUGCGCAGUGUAACAGAUGGGUGGAGUCACUGCAUUAACUAUACAAAAUACAUUUUCAAAUAUAUGUGGCUGUGUUCACGCGGUUUUAUUUUCUGUAGGAAGAGAAGCCGCUGAAGCAGAAGCUUUAUAGUGAGUUUCAGCUCAUUGUUUAUCUGUCCGGCUGCAACUUUACUGUUUUGGUUCAC